CGCAUUGGAUCCCACAGCCUACUGCGAGACUCCGGUCUACAACCCGGAUCUCUGCCCCAACAUGAUCGCGGCCCAGGCUAAACUGGUGUAUCAUCUGAACAAGUACUACAACGAGAAAUGCCAAGCCAGGAAAGCGGCCAUCGCGAAAACUAUCCGAGAAGUCUGCAAAGUGGUCUCGGACGUGCUGAAGGAAGUGGAAGUACAGGAGCCGCGCUUCAUCAGCUCCUUGAACGAGAUGGACAACCGCUACGAGGGCCUGGAGGUCAUCUCGCCCACCGAGUUCGAGGUGGUCCUUUAUCUGAACCAGAUGGGCGUCUUCAACUUCGUGGACGACGGCUCCUUGCCCGGCUGCGCGGUGCUCAAGCUGAGCGACGGGCGCAAGAGGAGCAUGUCCCUCUGGGUGGAGUUCAUCACGGCCUCGGGCUACCUCUCGGCGCGGAAGAUCCGCUCGCGGUUUCAGACUCUGGUGGCGCAAGCCGUGGACAAGUGCAGCUACAGGGACGUGGUGAAAAUGGUGGCGGACACCAGCGAGGUGAAGCUGCGCAUCCGGGACAGAUACGUGGUGCAGAUCACGCCGGCGUUCAAGUGCACCGGGAUCUGGCCCCGCAGCGCUGCCCACUGGCCCCUGCCCCACAUCCCCUGGCCGGGACCCAACCGCGUGGCCGAGGUCAAGGCCGAGGGCUUCAACCUCCUGUCCAAGGAGUGCCACUCGCUGGCGGGGAAGCAGAGCUCGGCCGAGAGCGACGCCUGGGUCUUGCAGUUCGCCGAAGCCGAGAACAGGCUGCAGAUGGGCGGCUGCCGAAAGAAAUGCCUCUCGAUUCUCAAAACGCUGCGCGAUCGGCACCUGGAGCUGCCCGGGCAGCCGCUCAACAAUUACCACAUGAAGACUCUGGUUUCGUACGAAUGCGAGAAGCAUCCCCGCGAGUCGGACUGGGACGAGUCUUGCCUGGGCGAUCGGCUCAACGGGAUUUUGCUGCAGCUCAUCUCUUGCCUCCAGUGCCGGCGAUGCCCGCAUUACUUCUUGCCCAACUUAGACCUCUUUCAGGGCAAGCCCCACUCGGCCCUAGAAAAUGCCGCCAAGCAAACGUGGCGGCUGGCUAGAGAAAUACUCACCAACCCCAAAAGUUUGGAAAAACUUUAG